GGGUUUCUCUUCUUCUCAUAGUUUCCCAUUCAACCAGAAAAAGUGCCUCAUCCUCUCCUCUCAGACGUAGACGACGAAGUUACUCCGGCGAAUUGCUCCGGCACUCCAAUUACUCCCUUCGUCCCCACUCUCGUCACUCCCAAAUUUUCUGUCAAUCAAUAAAAGCCCUAGGUUUCGAGUUCGUCUCUCUCAACUCUCUCUCUCACACACACUUGAACGGAGGUGACGAGAAUCGAUCGGCGACUGUGUUCUGUGUCUUCUCUUCUCUUCGAUGAUCGGCUAGCAACAGGUGUGAGGCUGUUGGGAAGAAUUUGUUGCUGGUUGCUGUUGCUUGGGAAGAAUUUGCUGCUCGUUGUUGAUUAUUUUGUGCUGCUACUUGCUUCUUCUUUGUGCUUCUGUUAUUGUUGAAUCUAGACCAAAAUGGGUAUGAAACUAUUCGAGGGCGGCGAUGGUUCGGACGAAGAUAUAUCAAAGAUUGAAGUCAACAAAGAGUUCGCUCGUCGCUAUGAGCACAACAAGAAGCGAGAGGACUUGCAGAAGCUUGAGGCGUUGAAGAAGAAAGGCCUUGUUGAAGACUCCUCAGAUAGCAAGUCUGACGACGAAGCAUCUUCUGAUGAAUCAGAUGAAGAUGAGUUAAUUAAUCCGAAGAAAGAUUUGGAGUUCUUAAAUGCGUUGAUUAAGGUUAAGAACCAAGACCCAAAACUGAAAAACAAAGAGGCUAAGCUAUUCGAGUCCAAAAAUGAAGAAGAAGAAGAAGAGCAAGGGAAACGAGAGGAAGGACAACAAGAUAAGAAGGGGAAGCCAAUGUAUUUGAAGGAUGUGGCAGCGAGGCACUUGAUUGAGGAGGGGCCAGAAUUUGAAGAGAAGGUAGACAAGUUGAGAGUGAAGAACUAUUCGGAGGAGCAAGAGGAGUUCAGGAGGGCUUUCUUGGAGGUGGCUGAGGAGGCUUUGAAUGGUGAUGAUGAUGGAGAAUUGUUGAGGUUGAAAGAUAGUAAAAGUAUGGGGGAUGAGGAUGAUAGUGAUGCUGGUGAGGUUCAGAAGAAAUUGGAUGAGUAUUUUGGCAAAGAUGACCAUUUGAAUGAGAAUGAAAUGUUUUUGAAGAAGUAUUUUAGGAACAAGAUGUGGGUUGAUGAGGGUAAGGGCAAGAAGGCAUUGGAUGAUGUGGUUUCAGAUUUUUCAGAGGAUGAGGAGGAAAUUGAGAAGCAAGAGGAUUAUGAAAGGGAGUAUAAUUUUAGGUUUGAGGAGAAUGCGGGGGAUAGGGUGUUGGGUCAUUCACGGUUUGUAGAGGGAUCAGUGAGGAAGAAAACUAAUGCUCGGAAGUUGCAGAGGAAGAGCAAGGAGGAGAGGAUGGCACAAGCUGAAUUCGAAAGGAAGGAGGAAUUGAAGCAUUUGAAGAAUUUGAAGAAGAAAGAAAUGAGGGAGAAACUUAGGAAGAUAAGGGAUACUGCGGGGAUUGAUGAAAAUUGGGUUUGCCUAUUGGAUGAGGAUGAUCUGGAAGAGGAAUUUGAUCCCGAGGAGCAUGAUAGAAAGAUGAAAGAAGCAUUUAAUGAUGAUUACUAUGAUGCGGAUGAUGCAGACACUGAGUUUGGGAGUGAUAGGGAUGAAGAUGGUGAUGAGUUUGAAAAACCAGAUUUUGAUAAAGAAGAUGAGUUGCUUGGACUUCCAAAAGGUUGGGAUGAUACGUCUGUUUCUGGUGAUGGGUUCUUAGCUGCAAGGGAACGAAACUUAAAGCGCAGGGCAAAAAAUGAAGGUCACCAUGAACAGAUAGAAGAAGAAGUGCCUGAAGAGGAUAAGAGGAAGAAAAAGCCAAAAGUUUCUAAGCUGGAGAAGGAAAUCCUUGAUAAAGAAUUGGAGGAGUACUAUAAAUUGGACUACGAGGAUACAAUAGGGGACUUGAAGACAAGGUUUAAGUACAGAGAUGUUGGUGCUAAAGGAUAUGGACUAACUACUGAGGAGAUUUUAAUGCUGGAUGAGAAGGAGUUGAACCAGUAUGUUUCCUUGAAGAAACUUGCUCCUUAUAGGGAGAAGGAAUGGAAGGUGCCCAGAAAUCAGGUGUUGAACCAAAAACAGAGGAAUAAGCUGCUUCUUCAAGGCAAGAUAUUGAAUGACAAGAAAAUUGGUAAGAACUUGAAAAUUGAUGAUAAGAAAUCAACUACAGUGGCAGUUUACAAGGAAAAGGAGAAAGCACAAGUGAAGGAAUCAAAUGGUGAUAUGAGCAAUCUAUCUAGGCGAAGCAAGAGAAGGCAUCGUCAGGCUGAACUUAAACUAUCAACAUCGAGGCUUAUGGCAUAUGGAAAAAUCCCCUCCAAAUCUAAGAGUAAAAAGAAGCACUGAACAUUACCCAUGGUUGAGGCAGAGGUCCUAUAGAAGGUGUUCGAUGUAAGUGCUGCUAAUUACAAGUCAGAUGGCAUGAGUAACUUCUAAUAGAGAUAAUUGGUGGAUCGGUGAGUGGCAUAAGUAUGCCUUUAACUAAUUUUAGGAGUUGUCUCAGGAGAGAAUGAAGUUGAGUUGGAAUAUAUCGGAAAAUUUUUGGUCGGUGGUCUUGUUUUAUUGUUUCCUUUUUCUUUAUCUUCAGUUGUCAAGUGUUAGAUUUGUUGUAAUUCGUCGUGUCCUCUAGUUAGGCCACGACACUUGAUGGUUAUUUAGCUUUUGUGGUUAUGAUGUUUUUUAGAUGGAUGCAACACUUUUCUAGCUUUGUAAUGUUUUACAAACAUCUCAAAUGAAUUCAGGAUAUAUUUGAAGAAAUUCCAGUUGGACAUUUUUGU